AUGAAUGUCGUGGGGUUCAAAUGGUUGUACCGGACCAAGCGUAAGGCUGACGGUUCAGUUGAGCGGUAUAAGGCGCAGUUGCAACUGGACGUGCAUAACGCCUUCCUUAAUGGGCGCUUGGCUGAAUCUGUGUUUAUGAAGCAGCCUCCAGGCUAUGUUGAUCCGGCUUUCCCGGAACAUCACCGUUAUAUGUCUGAUAUUUUGACUCGGGCUAGUAUGGUGGACUGUAAGCCACUUGCUACUCCUCUGUCGGUUGCCCGGUCGUUUGAGAUUUCUACUGAGCCUUUUGCAAGUCCCACACAGUAUCGGAGUCUGGCGGGUGCGUUGCAUUACUUGACCGUCACUCGACCGGAUUUGUCAUAUGCUGUCAAUCAGCUCUAUCAGCAUAUGCAGUCUCCCACAGUUUCUGACUGGGUUAUGUUGAAGCGUGUUCUUCGCUAUGCCAAGGGUACAUUGGAUUUUGGUUUGCGUCUUCGGCCUUCGUCUCACUCUACUUUGCAUGCGUACUCAGACUCGGAUUGGGCCGGGGAUCCGGCAGACCGAAAGUCUACCAGCGGGUUUGUUGUUUAUCUUGGUUGCAACUUAGUUUCUUGGGUAUGUCGCAAGCAGCGCAUGGUGACUCGGUUGUUGACUGGGGCUGAGUAUAAGGGCUUAGCUGAUGUGGCUGCAGAGGUUAUGUAG